AUGCAUAAAAAAACCUCGAUUUCACGGGCCAUCCGAUUGUCAGAAGACCCACUAACACGUAUCCUUUCUCUUCGCUUCCAGGACCUCGAAGGCGACACUCCGUUGCACGACGCCAUUUCCAAGAAACGUGACGACAUGUUAACCCUUUUACUGGAUCACAAUGCCGACAUAACCCUAACCAACAACAAUGGAUUCAACGCCCUGCAUCAUGCCGCCCUACGUGGAAAUCCAAGUAGCGACUUGACCAGAUUGGAGUCGAACAAAUCCGAAUAUGUGAUGCCGAUGUCGUCGACAUUCUUCUCCAUCGAGGACCCUUCAAAGUGGAUUCCAUCGAUCGGCGCCAUCAGCCAGAGAUCAUCCGUCGAGAAUAGACGGCCAGGAUUACCGAAGACGUCGAAUCACUCGAGGAAUUGGUACGUCCGCACGAAUUAG